AUGUGUACCUAUCACGGCAUUAUCGAAGAAUAUCCAUUAAUAUCAAUCGAUUCUUUUGAAUCUCAUAAUUACACAUGUACAACAUUUUUUAUCACACACAUUCACUUGGAUCAUUUAGUUGGAUUAGAACGACCAGAAUUUGCACGAUAUCUUCAAAAAAACAAUUUAGUUAUUUAUUGCUCUGAAUUAUCCAAAGAAUUAUUGAUAACAAUGUCACCAUUUCAACAUUUAGAAAAAUUCUUCAAAGUUGUUCCAAUCGAUCAACCAUUUGCUCUUACACUAAAAACCGAGCUACCUGCACAAGCAAAACAAAAGAAAUCUGAAUCCGAUGAUAUUGAAUACACAAAUUCGUCAACAUCGUUAACAUCCUCAUCGUCAGCGAGAAUACUACCAAAUACAAAUGAAAUUGGAGAAACAAUAUUUGUUACUUGUUUUGGUUCUGGUCAUUGUCCGGGUUCAGUGAUGAUAUUUAUUGAAGGCCCCAAUGGUAACGUCUUAUUCACGGGAGAUUUUCGUUUAUAUAUUGGUCAAUCAAAACGUUUAGUUCAACUUCAUCAACGACGAUGUAGUGAUGAAAAAGGAAACGAUGAUAAUUAUGUGUUGAAACCUAUCGAUAAAUUAUAUAUUGAUAUGACAUUUUUUCGUCCCGACAUAUUGUAUAUACCGACACGUGAAAUAGCCUGUGAUGCUUUAAUUCUGUUUAUCAAAUCAAUUUUAGCUAAUUCAUCAACAAUAUCAAAUAUCUAUUUUAAAACAAGUGCUCGUACUGGCUAUGAACAAUGUUAUCGUCAAAUGUAUGAUGAAUUAAAAAUGAAAAUUCAUGUUGAACAAAGUCAAUUUGAUUUCUAUGCUUGUCUACCAUCUAUUCAAGAAUGUCUGACCACCGAUCCAUUUAAUACUCGUUUACAUGCCUGUCGUACUUCGGCAUCAAAUUUUGCACAACCAUGUGCCUUUUUUAAAAAUUGUGAAAAACCUAUACGUGUUUUACUAUCUAUCAUGUGGUUUGCUGAGCAAAUUGCAGCCGAUAAACUAUUAGUAGAAUAUCAUAAAUAUCAUUCAAAUUUUGAAAAUAGUCAAUCAAGUUCAAAAAAAUAUUUCCUUGGCUAUGAAGAUUACGGUGGUGAAGGUGUGGAUGUUUCAUAUUCAGACAAAUAUUUAACAUAUCGUCUGUGCUAUUCAUUACAUUCAUCAUUUUCCGAAAUAAUUGAUGUUUUAAAAACAUUACGUCCAAAAAGCGUUGUACCAAUUGCUGCACCACCAGUAUCACAAUUGAGUACAAAAAAAUUAUUUCAAAUUAUCAACAGAAUUAUUGAUCCAAAUAAAAUAAAGGCUACAAUACAAAAUCAACAACCAUUAAUUCAUCGUAAACCAAUUGUAGAAAAAUUACAAAUAAAACGCCGUUAUCAAUCAUUUGAUGAAGAUAUCAAAAAAAAUAUAGAUGAAACAGAUUGCUCUCUACAACUUGACACAGAAAGUGAUCGUAUUUUAUUAAAUCGAGUCAAUUCACUUACUGAACGAAAAAUAAAACAACCAAAAUUUAAUACAACAUUGUUUCGAUCUAUUUCAACAGAGAUUCCUAAACAACAAUUUUUUCCAAUAAAAAGUGUUCUGGAUGAAAAAGUAGAUUUGAAUGUUAAUCAAUCUACUUCUGUUGCUGCGUGUUUUUCAUUAGUAAAAGAAGAACCACAAUUUUUACCCACGACUGAGAUAGAAACUGUUGAGAAGGAUGAAAAAAAUAUUGUAAUUACAACACCAUUAACAAUGUUAAACCAUCCUGUUGAAUCAAUGACAACUAGUAUAUAUUGUGAUGAGGAGGGUGCUCCAAAAGUAUUAAUUGAAAAGGAUGAAUUUGUACUACCAUUAAUUUCGACACGAAAACGCACUACGUCAAAUGCAUCAUCGUCAGAUACCGUCGAUUAUGAAUUUGAUAAUGAAAUUUGUGAUAGUAGAGCAUUAUUAAUUGAAGAUAGUAUUCAAGAAUAA